GCGGCCUCCAGUCCCCGCUGGUCUCCCUGUCGGGCUCCGGGUCCCUGUCGCCCUGCUCUCAGUCGCUGCCUGCUCGCCGCUUCUCCGGGCUGUUCUCAGUGUUUCUCCCUGUCCUCCUCUGUCCCCGUCGCUCGCUGCGCUGCCCUCAUCUCCCAGCCUCCGUGCGGGUCGUUCUCCGGAGCUUCGGUGGCCGAGACUUGAAGACUUGUCCCUGCGCCCAUGGAAGAGCCCCUUGCGCCCAGCUCUGUCUCCAGAAAGCCCGAGGAGCCAGGGGCCGGGGCAGAGGUCAUGGAAGAAGUGACAGCGUGCUCCUUCAACAGUCCUCUGUUCCAGCAGGAAGACAAGAGAGGGAUUACCUACCGGAUCCCAGCCCUGCUCUACGUCCCCCCUGCCCACACCUUCCUGGCCUUUGCAGAGAAGCGUUCCACGAGCAGGGAUGAGGAUGCUCUCCACCUGGUGCUGAGGCGAGGGUUGAGGACUGGGCAUUCGGUGCAGUGGGGUCCCCUGAAGCCACUGAUGGAAGCCACAUUACCUGGGCAUCGGACCAUGAACCCCUGUCCUGUGUGGGAGCGGAAGAGCGGUCACGUGUACCUAUUCUUCAUCUGUGUGCAGGGUCAUGUCACCGAGCGUGAACAGAUUGUGUCAGGCAGGAAUGCUGCCCGCCUUUGCUUCAUCUGCAGUCAGGAUGCUGGAUGUUCGUGGAGUGAGGUGAGGGACUUGACUGAGGAGGUCAUUGGCUCAGAGGUGAAGCACUGGGCCACAUUUGCUGUGGGCCCAGGUCAUGGUAUCCAGCUACAAUCAGGGAGGCUGGUCAUCCCUGCAUACGCCUACUGUAUCCCUCAUUGGUUCCGUUGCUUCCAGCUACCAUGCAAAACCAGGCCUCAUUCCCUAAUGAUUUACAGUGAUGACCUAGGGAGCUCAUGGCACUAUGGCAGAUUCAUUAGGCCCAUGGUGACAGUGGAGUGUCAAGUGGCAGAGAUACCUAGGAAGGAUGGACAACCUGUGCUCUAUUGCAGUGCCCGAACACCCUACAGAUGCCGGGCAGAGGCUCUGAGCACUGACCAUGGUGAAUGCUUUCAGAGACAGGUCUUGAGCCCACAACUCUGUGAACCUCCACAUGGCUGCCAAGGCAGUGUGGUGAGUUUCCAGCCUCCAGAGAUCUCACAUAGGAGCCAGAUCCCUAGUGGCAAACAUACUCCCACCAUUCAGAAGAGUCCUCUGCUGGACAGUUCACUGAGGCUGAAGGAGGAAGCUGGACAGCUAGCAGAGUCAUGGCUGUUGUAUUCACACCCUGCCAGUAAGAAACGGAGGGUCAACCUAGGCAUCUACCUCAACCAGAACCCCUUGGACACUGCCUGCUGGUCCCAACCCUGGAUCUUGCACUGUGGACCCUGUGGCUACUCUGAUCUGGCUGUUCUGGAGGAGGAAGGCUUGUUUGCAUGUUUGUUUGAGUGUGGGAUCAAGCGGGAGUGUGAGCAGAUUGCUUUCCGCCUGUUUACAGACCAACAGAUCCUGAGCCACAUGCAGGGGGACUACACCAGCCCUGAUAGGGAACCUGAGUUGAUUCAAGACUAAUUGGCUUAUGCUCCAACUUUCUAUGGAAGGGGAUGGCAGCCACAGUGAGAACAACAGAGGUUACUGAAGCCUAUAAAGAAGGAAAGAAGUUAAUAUUCUGCUCCCUAACUUUUUUUCAUUUCUCCUCCUACAAAGGGCAAAAUGAAAAUUUUGCCAUAGCUAGCUACUGCAGUGGAAAGAGCACUGAACUGAGAGUUGGCAGACUUUGAUGUAGUCCUGGCUCUGUCACUGGCUUGCUUUAAGACCUUGGAAAUGUCAGUCGAACUCUAUGGACCUCAGGUUUCCUUCUGUAUUGGUUCUGUGAUUUUUUGUCUUCCCAUCCAUCCCUAAAAACAUGCUUCAAGUUCUGGAUCCAUAAAGAAUUCAGAUCCCAAAGUAGAACUCAGAGGACUUACCUUUUCAAUUGACUUGCCCCUCACUGAGUGUGAAGUUAUAAGCAGACGACAUGGAAAAAAGGAUGAUCUGGAUGUCUUCCUCCAUUUCUCAUAAGAAAAGCAUCACACCCUCCUAAUCAUGCUCAAAACUCUAUCCUAGAGUAAUUAAGUGAAACAGUAGAAUCACGAGGUCACCUACCUUCUCCAGCCUUGCAACUCUGCUCAACCUUCUCUUUCUCAUCCAGAAAGCAGCAUUUCCCAAGAAGAAAAACAAGAAAUUAAUUGUCAGUAGUCUUUAAUAAUGAUGUUUAUCACUUCUGAUGUCAUUAUGAUGAUCAAAGAUGAGCCUGGAGUUUAUUUAUUAGAAUGGUUCCUGAAAGGAAAAGGAUAUGGGUUAAGACUUUGAAACAGUGGACAAAACUUAACCGUCUCUACCCUCAAGGAGCCUGCAGUUUAAGGGAUUAGAAGAGGAAGAAAAUUCAAGAAGACAAAUGCAGCUUGUGGGAUGGUUUGUAGAUGUUGGGCUAUAAGUUGGGGUGAUGGUAGCUCCUGAUAGCAUUGGCUUAGUUGCAUCUUCAGUAAGCCUGGAUCCAUCAGCCCAGAGGCUUGUGCAGGCUGCUGGGUUUCCCCUGGGUUUCUCUUUCUCAGAAUGCUGUUCUGGGCUAGCCAUGCCUUUCCCAGCUGAGGAGGUCUUCUCCAUUUAAGUAGGUCUCUGGAUUCCCAAGCUUCUGAAUCAAUCCUAUUUGUUUGAGCCUACUUGUGAAAUGGGGAAGCUUCUCUAAGAGUUUUGGGGCUGAACUUAGCUGGCGUUGGGUCUCUCAGAUGAUACCAGAAUGCUCCUAUCUUAGAUUAUAUCCCCCCCAUAGACUUACUGUGGCAUAAAUUCUAUCACGAUUUAUUGUUUGUCACAUUUUAGGAGGUUAAUGCCUUAAAUUGGUAUCAGUAUUUUUGGUGCUGGGUAAUGACCAUGGUGAGCAAAUCUUAGUCAUAGAAUGCAGCCAAAGGGGCUAGGGUUUGGACUUGCACCAGUCAGGUGAAAGACAGUCCUACAGGGUGAAAGUAGAGGUUAACUUUCCCUACUUCAGCAUAUUGUUUAAGUCCAUAUUUUAGAGUGGCUUUUUAAAAAAAGAUUUAUUUAUUUAUUUGAAAGAGUUACAGAGAGAAAGAGGCAGAGAGAGGUCUUCCAUCUGCUGGUUAACUCCCCAAGUGGCUGCAAUGGCCAGAGAUGGACCAAUCCAAAGCCAGGAGCCUGAAGCUUCUUCCACGUCUCCCACAUGUGUGCAGGGGGCCAAGGACUUGGGACAUCUUCCACUGCUUUCCCUGGCACAUUAGCAGGGAGCUGGAUUGGAAGUGGAGCAGCUGGGACUUGAACUGGUGCCCACAUGGGAUGCCGGCAUGACAGGCAGCAGUUUUACCUGCUAUGCCACAGCACUAGCCCUUAGAGUGGCUUUUAUAAAUUCCCUUAGUUUCUCAUACAUUUGCUAAAAUUAUCUCCCCAAUUCACAAGAUCAUCCAUUCACUUAUGUGUACAUUAAUCCAAAUAUUUCUUAAGUAGCUGUGCAUAAUGAAAAGUACUUUCUAUUGUCACUCCUUGGUCCAGAGUCAUUUGUGGUUCCCCAUUGCUUGCUAAAGGAUGUUUACAUUUAGCCUAACACAUAGAACCUUCCAAUUGGUGAUGAAUUAAUGGCUAAAUACUUCCCUCUACUUCCUAUGUGAAGCCCACUGUCAGGGAAGACCUCCAUAUCAUGUUGGCAAAUGGAGGGCAGCAGGGGCCUAGUGGUGGACAGAGCUGGUGAUGCAGGGAGGAAUUGGGGAAAGAAGGAGGCAUUAAGAGGGCAGCCUUCUCCUGAAGGGUAGCAACUCUUUGCUCAGUAAAGCUUUCCUGAGCACUGUACCCCAAGUAGAUUGAAAUAGGGAAGAUGGCUAUCCUCUUUAACCAGGGCAAAAGAAAGGCUAAGAGAAUGAGAAAAUAAAGACUUCCUUAGGACUCUCCAAGAAGGGAGUCAGGGAAAGACCUCAGUCACAUGCCAGUGUGAACCAGAUUUCAAAUCCAGAACUCAUGAGACACCCAUGUCUCUAAAUUGCCUUCUCCUAACUCCUUUCCAUUUGACUCAUGUUUGUUUCUCCUUAGCAGUUAGCAGUAAAACUAUUAAUGGGAAAGAGUCUAUUAAUUUAUUUUAGGAAUAGUAAGAAAAGAGGGUUGGGGACAUAGCUGAAAUCAAGAAUUAGGACUAGAGUGAGGAACAGGAUGGGUGAUGGCAGCUGUGAAGAAAGAAUGGUGGAUAGGAAUCCUGGCACCUGUCAGCAAAGGGAGAGUAACACAGACAUGAGUGUUAGGCUAAAGAUAUGGCAUAGGUGGCAGCUGCUGUGGAGAACAAGUGACAACAGGCUGGAGCUGUUCCCUGACAUCUGUGAAAAGGGAGAGACGUGGACAGGCCAGCAGCUUAGUCUGCAGAAGGAGUCCUACCCAACCCUGUAACUUGUAGCUAGCUCAACUUGCCCAUGUUCCAGGUGGCCAGCAACGACAGCUUUAGGCACUCCAAUUCUAUUUGUAUCAAUCACCAAGACCUCCAGGGCCCUGGGACCUAUACAUGAUACUGGUCCCCUGAGCCCAUUUCAGCCACUUUCAGACUGGUAGAGUAGGAAAGACAAGGCAGGUGAUGGCAGCUGUGAAGAAAAGAGGAAAGCACAUGGGAAGCCAAUAAUCUAUAAAAGCAUGAAGAAAGGAUUAUUAUAGACUAUGGUUCUUUGCCUUCUGAAGCUUCCCACUCUUCCCUUUGUGUGUUUAGAAUGAAUCCAUACAGCACAGAUGGCCCACCGUUGACAGUGCAGGAAAGUAUGGUUAGGGGCCUCUUGCUGCUGGUAUCUACCCAGACCAACUUCCUAUCCAUUGAACCUGCUGGCUCUGCUCAUGCUCCUCACCUCCUCAGCUCCCAAUAAUUACCUCAGGCCCUUGUUGUUUGGGUACUUUUAUCUGGACCUGUUUCUCAUGACCAUCAGUUUCCCCUCAGCCACAGAAUACCAUGUGGCUACAGUUAGAGGUAAGAAACUUACCCUGCCUGUUGGGAAGCACAAACGACCUAUAGAGGUCCACCUGAGCCCACAGUCUUCUACCAAGGGCAGUCAUAUUAGUCAGCUUUUUGUUACUGCAACAAGAUGCCUGAGAAAAUCUACUUACAAAGCAAAGGGAGGUUUAUUUAGUUCACAGUUUGAGAGGCUGAAAGUCCAAAGAGCAUGAUGCAGACUUUGGUUCUAGUCAGGGUUUGGGUGCAGUGGUGGGGUGCAUGUGAAGGAAGGAUCAUAUCCAGGAAGUAGAGAAGACAGGUUGGACCCAAGCUCAGGCUUUAUAACAGCCCUCUGGUGAGAACUACCUUCUGAGGACACACCCCCAGUGACCUGAGGACUUACUAGGCCCCACCUCCUGAAGUUUCUGCCACCUCCCAGUAGCGCUGACCUGAGGACAAGCCUUUAAUACAGGGGUCUUUGGGACACCCCCUGACUAAUAUCCAAACUACAGCCCCUGUAGGAUUUGAUAUCUCCACUUUGGCCAGAUUAGGCUGUUCCCUCUUCUCCAGUACUCCCCAAGUUUUCCCACUACAUUAUUCAGAUAGAUGUGUCAUUCUUUUUGCUGCCAAGGUUCAUGGUCUGAGUUCCCCCUUGAGCCUUACCACAGACUACCCCCUGUGUUAUUGUCUGUGUUGUGCCCUCUGGGCCUCUGCUGGGCUGUAGAUGCCUCUCUAUGUCCUUUUUAUCUUUUUACCAAUGGCUUACCUAUAGAUAUAUGCUUUUUCUAUCCUAUCCUGAAUUCCCUGAAGGUAAGGACUGUGUCUGAUUCUUCUCUGUGUCCUCUGUAACCAGCAUAGGGCCUGAUGCAGAGUAGCUAGCAAUAAAGCUAUGCUGAAUGAGUGAAUGCAUCCACAAUGCUUGGCCUUGUGGAGCAUAUUGAGGAGGCCAGGGAAGUUCUGCCCUAGGGUGGAAGAUGUUGCCUCCUUCUGGACUGCAAAUCAUUUGAGACCUCUUUGCACUCACUCUGAAUGAGUGUUGUCUGCUGCCGGCUCCCUGGUCAUAGUACUGCCUGGAAACGGGCUUUAAUUCUGGUUUGGACUUGACUCUGUCUAGAUAUCCUGUGGAAGAUGCCCCAAGCCCAAAGGCAUUCCUUCAUGUGGAGUUCUCAUUUCAUUGCCGUGUCCCCUCUGCCCUUGAGUGGGUUUUCUACAGUUGCCUCUCAUGUAGGACUUCAGUAGAGAUACUGUGGCUCAGUGUGUUGUGUGUCUGCUCUGUGAUGCCCAGUGUUACAAAUAUUCUCUGUGCCAUGCAACUCUUGCCACUCUUUGAAACAUGAAAGAUAAAUAAAGAGCUUGAU